AUGCUGUCAUUUGCUAAUCCUGGUAAAUUUCUAGAUGACUUUGAUCCUGAGAGGAGUACAAGAGAAUUGAGAAAAAUGCAACGAAAAUUGAAACCCAAAUGUCCUAUUACAAAGCCAAGUAAUACAUUAUAUGAUGAGACAGGGUGUAUACGUGAAAGUGGAGUAGAUAUUUGUGAUUGUUUAGAUAUUGACUGUCCUGGAUGUCAUUUUCCAUGUUCAAAAUGUGCUUCUGAAAAAUGUGCCACUGAAUGUCGCUGCAAUAGAAAGUGGCAUUUUGACAAUAUAUAUGUUGAAGGUACAGAAGUCCAUAUCAAAAUGCCAAUGAAAAUCAAUAAAGUUACAUAG